AAACAAUACUUUAUCUCUCAGUCAACACCAACCUACUAUCACCACCAGUAACGAUGCCUACCGAAAUCCUGAUUGUCGGCGCUGGCGCCAUUGGAGCAUUCUACGCAUCCCGUCUCGCUCUUGUCCCCAAUACUCAUGUUUCCGUUAUCUGCCGAUCGAAUUACAUUGUCGUCAAGGCAAAUGGCUUCGCAGUCACGUCGCCCCUGUACGGCGACUACAGAUUCAUCCCAUCCCAUAUAUUUGCGAACACCGAGGAGGCAUGCCGCAGCGGAAUCCAAUGGGAUUUCAUCGUUGUGAGCACAAAGGCGUUACCUGAUGUAAGCGACGAUUCAAAGAUUCUCGAAGGCCUGGUAUCCGACCAAACAGCGAUCGUGUUGAUCCAAAACGGGCUUGGUGUCGAAGCCCCAUAUGCCACGCGUUUUCCGAAUGCUUCUAUAUGCAGUGCUGUAACGAUUGCGAGUUGCGCUCAGCCGAGCCACGGACAGAUCAUACAUAACCGCUGGACGCGGAUUAAUAGCGGUCCAUGGCUCCCGCACCUCGACACAGGGAAUCCUAGGAGUACGGAUACUCGAGCGAUUGAGCAGAACGAUCGAUUCGUUAAGUUACUGAAACAGGGGGGGAUCAACGAUGCAGAUGCAUACGACCACGCGAAGCUGCAACUUGUACGAUGGCACAAGAUUGCUAUCAACGCAUCGAUGAAUCCCUCAUCUGUCCUCUCUGGCUGCACUCCCAAUGUUGCCAUGGCUAAGGACGACGAAAUGGCGAGGCAUCUAAAGGGCGUGAUGGAAGAAGUCCUUGCGGUCGCCCCCAAGAUACUGGGCAAACCUCUCCCAAAGGAGUUUGCUAGCUCUGAGCAAAUUUUGCGCAGUACCCAGAAAAACACGAGUGGGAGCAAGCCUAGCAUGGCAUUAGACUGGGAGCAAGGCAAGACCAUGGAGCUCGAGGUCAUACUAGGGAAUCCAAUCAGGAUAGCACGAGAACGAGGAUUCGAAAUGCCUAGACUGCAAAGUCUCUAUGCUCUGAUACGCAUGGCACAGCAAAAUCGCGAGGAAACAAAAUCGAGAAGCAAAAUAUGA